AUGGAUUCUUCGCACGUUCCUGUUAGGUCAAUUAGCUUGCCUUCUAGGUUACACCCAAGCUCUCUCAAAAUUGAAGCAGAACUAACCAAGCUAAAAUCUUGGGAAUUAUUAUCUUCUUCUUCUACUACUACUACAAGUCGUUUAGGAGGUGAGACUAUUCAAAUAGCAUUGACCAAGCUUGCAGAGUUGUUUAUUUGCAUUGAAGAACUCACUAACUCUCCUCAAAGCAAAAAAGCUCUUCACCAUCAAAAUUUAAACCAAGUUGAGCAAGUUCUUGAAGGCUCGGUCGGGUUAAUAGAUGUUUGUAGUACUUCAAGAGACAUGUUCUUGGCAAUGCAAGAACAUGUUCGAGACUUGCAAUCCGUGCUGCGAAGGAAAGGUAAAGAUUUGAGCAUUGAGAGUAAUAUGCAAGAUUAUAUUAGUUUCAGAAAAAGUGCAAAGAAAGAAGUUUCUAAGUUGCUUUCAACCUUGAAGAAAUUGGAAAAUAAUGACUUACCCUCUUCCAUUCCAAAGGAAGACAAUCACUUAUCGUAUUUGGUUAAAAUGAUUAGAGAAGUUCAAGCUAUUGCAAUUGUCAUCUUUCGAUUUGUAAUUUUGUUCUUGUCUCCACAUUCGAUGAAGACAAGUUCUAGUGGAUGGUCAAUGGUAUCAAAAUUGGUACAUUUAGGGUUUGUUGAUUCUGAUAAAGGUGAAAAAAUAUUCAAUGAAGUGGGGAGAGUUGAUAUUUCUCUUUGUUCUAUUCUUGGAAAGAUCAAGAAAAAUACUGAUGCCAAGUUUGAUUUGCAAGAAAUGCAAGAGAAGUUAGAGAUUCUUGCUAUUAGCAUCCAAGAUCUUGAAGAUAAACUAGAUUGUGUGUUUAGAUGCCUAAUACAAAAUAGAGUGUCUCUUCUUAAUCUUGUAACCCCUUGA